AUGUUGAAGUGGGUAAAAAGUAACCUCGAAACAAAGAAUUUGUCUUCUAAGAAAGGUGGGGUUGUUACGAUGAAGGGAAAGACCAAAAAGAAGCCACCAAAAGCUGAAAAUGGGACUCUUGGGAACCCAUCUUCCAAAACCAGUUCUGCUCCACAAUCAACAGGAAGAAGAGGAAAUGAAUCACCUACUUAUCCCUCUUCAGGCCUACCAGACAAUGGAGUCCAAGUACCGCCUUACCCACCUAUGGUUAACAGACCUAACUCUGCAAUAAGUAGUGCAGCACCACCAUCCAGUCUUCCUUCAAUGGAAAAAAGAUCCAGCUAUCCUACAAGCAGGAAAGCAGCACCACCCAUUUCUCCUUCAAUUGGUAAAGGGCCUGCUGCUCAAACUUAUCCUGAAAGCAGUGGUCAGUCUCAAGACCCAAAUAUGUAUUAUACUAAUGACUAUACUUAUUCUGAUGAGCAGUCUUAUUUGCCUGACUCUGCACACUCUUACCAUCCUCAUGCUCAAGGUGUUGAUUUACCUCCUUACAGCAUUUCUCAGGAUUCCAGUCAGACAUAUGGACAAAGCUCUUCAAAAUAUGAUCACAGUCAUUCUCUUGGACAAUCUGACUAUAAAAAAUGUGCAUCAAAAGUUCCUGACUCUUAUACUCCACCAGUAGAUACUGAUCACCACCCAUUUGAAUAUGAUACUUACACUAAAGAUUAUGCCUCCCCUUCACAUGGGACACACCAAUCUUCUCCAUACUUUGAUGGCUCUCCUGCUCAUGUCACUGGUUCUCCAGCUUCCUCCUAUGGAAAUGGCCGACCAUCUUAUGACCACAGUGGUUCCUCUUCUCCUCUUGGUCAUAGUGGCCCCACUUCCUAUUGCCAUAGUGGACAAUCCUCUCCACAUGACCCCAGUAGACUAUCCCCUUUAAUUAACCAUAGUGGACCAUCAUCUCCUCUAGGUCAUAGUGGUCAGCCAUCACCACAAGAAUAUGGUAAUCCUUCCCAUGCUUCACAAUAUCCCAGAGAUAAUUAUAAUUCUUACCCACAAUUUAAUGAAGGUCACCAAUCACCAAACCACUGUAGUCCUUUUACACAAGGGUACAGUAAUGGUUACCAGGAAUCCUUUCCCAAACAAAAACGAAACAGCUAUGAAUCAUCACCUAAAACACCAAAAGGACACUACAAUCCUGAAAAUGUUGAUAAAAGCUACCAGGUAUCUACUCCUUUGAAGCAUGUCUCAAAAUCAAUGCUUGUUAAAAAACCACCAAGGUCACCAAAAACACCUAUGUCUAUCCCAUUUAGAUCAAAAGAGGCUCCUUCACCCUCAAUUGCUGCUAAGGCACUAAAGAAUUCUCCAGUAGAAGACUACACAAAUAUUGUCCAGCCUUUACCUUCAAAAUCAGGACCACAGAUUCCAUACAAAGAAAAGUUGCCAAAAAGCCCCAAAAAGGAAAUAUUUGUUACAUUCCCAGAUGGAAAAAUGGUUAAACAGUUUGUUGAUCCCAAUAUGGCUAUGAUGGACCUACUUAUACAACUAACAGCCAGCAAACGCUUGAAUCCUUCAGGGUAUCUUCUUGUGGCUCUAUCAGAAGAAGUUAACAAAAGCAGAUACCAAAAAGAUGGCCUCUUCUUCUUGGCAAUCAUUCUUUUCUCUUUCCCCCUUACUGUUGUCUCUAAAGGUAUUGGCAAGGGAACUGUUCACCCUCUUCAUGUGGUGUAA